AUGAUCGGAGUUAAAGCCUUUAUGGUUUUGUCAUUGACUGGAAUAUCUGUGCCAACUGGAAACUUGGCCAGCACUGGUUACUUGGUGGUGAACCCAUCGCCUCCAUCAGCAGCCUUGGCUUUUGGCUGGCUUGGGGUUAGGUUAAGGAUUGCCACAGAUGCCAGCUACACCAGCUUCUACCCACAGUCCCAUCUGCCCCUGAGCGUCUUGCUUGGAAGCAAGGUGUAUCUGGAAGUGCAGCUUGUGAACCCUCCUAACCCCAGUGUAGUUCUGCUGGUCCACUACUGCAUCGCCUAUCCCCGGUCCUCUCAAGCUGCCUGGGUGAUCAUCUAUGAAGGUUGUCCAAACAUCCUGGAUUACAGCAGUGCUGCUGGCCUCCAUGUCAAAUACAAUAACAUGCCUGUAUCCAAGCACACUCGACGCUUUGAAAUAGAAAUCUUCCAGUUCCUGGACUACAAGACCAAGCAGCGUUUGGAUGAGGAAAUCUAUUUCAUGUGUUCAACCGAAGUGUGUUCCCCGGAACGUCGUGUUUGCAAUGAAGGAUGCUUUGAUGGAAGAGAGAUGCCUGUUCCCACAUCAAGAUCUGCUGGAGGGCGCUGUGCAGGAAAGCCCUGUCCUGGGAAAUCAAACGUAGACAAGCGAGCUGCUCCUGGUCAUGCUGGCUUCAUUGCUGUCAGCGAAGGAACCUUCACUUUGGAUGAGAUUGUGCCCCAUGAACAAACGGAGAAGCACUGGACGCACUUCCAUGGUCUCCUGUGGCUGCUUGGUUUGCUGGUCCUGGUAUCUGUUAUAAUGCUCUUCCUCAAAUGGAUUGGCUUGCAAAUUGUCAGGUCCUAGAGAAGCAGUCUCUAACUUGAAUAAACCUUUAUCUUGUGUUAA